GAGUGAAGAUGACCAAUGAGCCUCCCAAAGGACUCCGUUCCAAUCUCUUACGCUCCUACACCAGUGAUCCAAUUUCAGAUGGCUCUUUUUUCAAUGGUUGUAACAAGCCUCAAGCAUGGCAGAAACUCUUGUUUGGCCUUUGUUUUUUCCAUGCUCUUAUACAAGAGCGACGAAAGUUUGGCCCACUUGGAUGGAACAUUCCGUAUGAAUUCAACGAGUCAGAUCUUCGUAUAAGUAUGACUCAACUUCAGAUGUUUCUGAAUGAAUAUGAAGAACUUCCCUUAGAAGCUUUAUUUUAUCUUACUGGAGAAUGCAACUAUGGAGGACGAGUGACUGAUGACAAAGACCGCAGGCUACUGACUUCUUUGUUGUCCAUCUUCUUUAAUGAGGAAAUUAUCUUCAACGAUGAAUACAAGUAUGUUAUUGUAUUUAUAAAGAAUACUUGCACGUAUGCUGAAUAUCGCAGAAUGUCAGUUGAAGUGGAAUUAUUGUUGUGGUGA